GGCUGCAACCACAUGCCGCGCUGCCAUAGCUGCAUGCACCAUGGCCAUUGGCCUCCUCUGCGCGUCGCUGGUGUUGUGCCUUUUGGUGUGCUUCUGCGAUGCCGCUCAACGUGAACGCGUAAUAGUCCCCGCAGUCGAUCGACGGGAUAACCCACCACUCUCGUUGAGCAGCUCAUGGCAGGUCCUCGGCCCGUUUCAGAUAGGAACAAGAGAAUCCACCUGGGGCGCAGACCCGCUUGAAUAUAUUGGAGGAUUCCGAAAACUCCAAUAUGACCCAGACGCACGAUUCCGGAGCUCUCUACCCACCAACGGGACCGCCAAGUGGAAUAUCACAGAAGCGACGCAGGUCUCUACUUCUCCAACGUCCGCCAAUGCUUCCCUGAGCAUCAGUUACUCCAAUGUCGACUGGGACUUUCUUAAGGUGGUCUACGGCUGGGCUGCCGUUCAGUAUCAGGCCUGGGCGCGGGGAGAGCUCACCGUGCACGGCAAUGGAACACAGCAUGUCAUUCUUUACACGGAUGCGAUCCUAGAGUACUGGGUUGAUGGCAUUCAUUACUUUGGAGGUGAUUUCUACACCUACCGCAAGGCACCGCCAGUGCUCUACGUUUCACCAGGAAGGCACAAUAUUGAUGUCCGUCUGGUGCGAGACGUUAGAGCCUUUGGAGGCAUUCUCGUCCCCACCAUCGACGUCCUGCUGCACGUUCAACUAACUUCUGGGAUCCUCGAAUUGGCAAAGCCGGGAAUCCUAAUGUCGGAUGUGGUUGAUGGCAGAUUGGCAUCUUCCGUGGGCUCUGUGGUCCUUCGCAAUGGCGGCGAGGUUGAUAUCGAGAUCGUGGAUAUCCAAUCCUCACACGUGAGGCCUCCUAUUUCCUUGCAGGAGCUGGAGUCUCAGAUGGUUCUCGCGCAGGAUUCGCGGGUAUUGACUGCUGGCCAGGCAAAGCGCACUUCUACCCCUAAUAAUGCUUCUGGUAUUGUAUUAGUCGCUGGUCAGACGAGGCCAGUGGCAUUCGAUAUUUCGCUGCCUACAUAUAAUGUCUCAUCGGUUAAAUAUGUCAUUACUUACAGGACAGUCGAAAGCAAUCAGCUUGGGACUUUGAAAAUUUCUCAGAACCUUACCAGAACGUCUGUUUACACAUCUCAUAAGAUCACGUAUCUCCACCCGGGGGGUAUGGUCUCCUACGCCAUGCUUCGACCUCCUGCCAAGAAUGCGAGCUGCACUCCGGGACAACGCGCCAGCUUACCCGUUCUCCUCCAAUUACAUGGCGCUGGCCUGGAAGCAGACAACGGAAUGGUGGCUCAUGCUCUCGACCCAGUUCCGGAUCUCUGUGCUUGGGUCAUAUUUCCUACUGGGGUAACACCAUGGUCAGGAGACGACUGGCACAACUGGGGCUUCGCCGAUGUCGAAGCUGCCGUGAACAGCAUUCCAAGCUGGAUCAAGUACGUCGGAUGGACAGGUCCUGACGUAGACAUUAACAGAUGGAUUGUCUCUGGACAUUCCAACGGCGGGCAAGGCACAUGGUAUGCGCUGACGCACCGGCCCGACAAGAUACUCGCUGCGGCCCCUGCAUCCGGCUAUGCAUCAAUUCAAAAAUACGUUCCAUACGAACUCUGGCAAUCUGCAGACCCCAGACGCACGGCCGUAAUCAGCGCCUCCCUGAACAGCUACCGCCACGAGAUGCUCAUGUCCAACGCCGGCGGUAUUCCCAUCCAGCAACAACACGGUCAAUUGGAUGAUAACGUCCCCGCGUAUAAUUCGCGGCUCCUAGCCCAACAGCUCUUCCUUUCCGGCGCAAAUUCUAGCUAUAACGAGGUCCCAGGCCAAAAUCACUGGUGGGAAACCGUCAUGACAACUCCGCAAUUGGUCAGCUUUUACUAUACCCAAACAAAGGGUGACGAGAUCCUUCCGAGGAGUCUUGAUGAAUUCGAGAUUGUCAUAGGCGAUCCAGGGGAUAUGGGUAGCAAAGGCGGGAUCAAGGUGCUGCUCCUGGAGGAUCCGGGCCAGUAUGGCAGGGUUCAUGUCGACGGACAUAUUACUACGUCCAACGUAUUGAGCUUGGAGUUCGAGCUGACUGUAUUCAAAAGCCAAGCAGUGACAAUUGACAAUGAUAUCGUGGGUUUGGGUGAAGCCUCGGGGAAGAGGGGUGCUGGCACCGUUACCAUCUCAAGACAGAACGGGGUUUGGCGACCUGGCCUACUUGACGAAUCCAACAGCAUCCUGUAUCGGCGUGGCAGGCAGUUAGGAUCUAAUACCGCAAUCCUGCGCACCCAGGGCGCUUUCAUCAUCCGGCAUCAAGGCUUGAAUACGACUUCACAUAUCGCGCUACAGGUUUCGCGCAACCUGCAUCAAUAUUUCCAAGCCGACACCGAGGUCAUUCCCUCCAUCUCCCAAAACGGUACCGGCAUAGGAACUGGCAAUGUCAUCACCAUCGCCCUCAGCAAUCAUCUCCCUUCCAGCCUCCACCCGGACUUUCCCAUCCAGCCCAACUCCUCUGGUGUUGUUGUCCGCGAUAGCAGGGGCAGGCAGCGACAGUACAGCAGCGACGAUACCUCACUCGGAGCAACUUUCCUGCAACCGCUUGAAGAAGAGAGACUGGAGCUUGUUCUCUGGGGUUCUGAUGCUGAGGGCUUGGCUCAGGCGGCGAGGCUGGUGCCGAUGCUUACGGGUGUUGGGCAGCCGGAUUUUGUCGUCCUGGGUGAGAGCGCGAAGUGGAAGGGGGUUGAUGGGGCGUUGGCUAUGGGGUUCUUCGAUCAUAAGUGGGAGAUCACGCCGUCUUCGGUAGUGUCGUGAGGGUAUUAGCUGACUGGCGACGUCGACGCGCUUGAGUCUCAAUGAGACCAAGCAGAAUUUAACUACUACCAGUUGCGGCACCCGACGGCUCUUGAAGACUGAUACUACAGUAUUGAUAUGGCUAUUUGACCGCAUCUUGCUCCUCUUGAUAGCCAAUGCUCACACUUGGAGCGGCUUGUUCUCCUCAGUUUCUUUUCAUGUGCGCCGAGAGUUAAGCGCUUCCUUCCACUGCACUAAUAUCCCUUCUUCGAUUAAGCACUGCGGAG